ACAUUCAACAAGAAAAAGGAGUAUAAAGAUCAAGCGAUCAGGGCCAUCCCUCUGGGAUAUAUUUACACCAUCUCAUAAUGCACAGAGGGCAUCAUCGGAUUAACGAUCCAGAUAAAGAAAGGUUGGCCACACAUGUACGGAACUGGGUGGUGUGUGCUGCUGGCAUCCCUGGGUGGUUACCUCCACAGCAAGAUAUCUGUCUCCUUUCCAUGAGAUAGCUGCAAAACAAGAAUCCCAUCUCUCAUUUGGGGAAAAGAGGGGCCAAACCUCUGCUUAGGGGCUUUGAAUCUCUUCCAUGCAAAACCAAACCCACUAGCAAAUAUAUUAGUACAUAGAGUCAGAGAAAAGAGAAAAAAGCCUUUUGAGGGAAAGGUUGAUUUAAUUCUAAUCUGUUGGGGUAUCCGUGAUAAAGUUUCUGCUACUUUGCUGGAGUUUUCACUAUUGGUGUGUUAAUUAUAUAUGGGCUGAAUUUGGGCAUUUCAUGGGAGGUGUAGAUGAUGAUGAACCACCCUUGAAACGCGUGAAAGCAUCCUCAGGAGAAUUGAGGUGCCACUUAAACGACCUGUCUCUUACAGAGCCCGUUGGCUCUCUAGGAGACAUAAUGGCCAGACCCCUACCUUCCCAAGGGAACGAAGAGAUGGUUGGUUCUAAAGGAGUUAUCAAAAGGGUGGAAUUUGUUCGGAUCAUAACCAAGGCCCUUUACUCUCUCGGUUAUGACAAAAGCGGUGCGCUUCUUGAAGAAGAGUCUGGGAUACCUUUACAUUCUUCUGUUGUUAAUUCAUUUAGGAAGCAGGUGCUUGAUGGGAAUUGGGAUGACAGCUUGGCCACAUUGAAAAAAAUUGGUCUGCCUGAUGAAAAUGUUCUGAAGUCGGCAUCUUUCUUGAUUUUGGAGCGGAAGUUUUUCGAACUUUUAGGAAAGGAAAGAGUCAUGGAUGCACUGAAGACAUUGAGGUCGGAGAUUUCUCCACUUGGCAUAAACGAAAAGCGAGUCCACAACCUUUCUGGCUGCAUUGUAUCUCCUUCUCAGUGCAUGCUGCUUGGUUUUGCAACUUGUGAGAUUGUGACUGCAAGCUCAAGAUUGAAGCUUCUAGAGGAAUUGCAAAAACUUUUUCCUCCAACAAUUAUGGUACCUGAAAGAAGGUUGGAGCAUUUGGUCGAACAGGCUCUCAAUGUACAACGGGAAGCUUGUUUCUUUCACAACUCUUUGGAUAGCACGCUGUCAUUAUACUCAGAUCAUCAAUGUGGACGAGACCAGAUUCCUUCUCAUACUCUACAGGUACUGCAAGCACACCUUGAUGAAGUAUGGUUUUUGCAGUUCUCAAAUAAUGGGAAAUAUUUAGCUUCAUCAUCUAAUGACUACUCUGCAAUUAUAUGGGAGGUUAAUGAGGAUGGGAGAGUGUCAUUGCGGUACACACUAACUGGUCAUCAAAAACCUGUCUUGACCCUAUCAUGGAGUCCUGAUGAUCGUCAGCUUCUCACUUGUGGUGCGGAGGAGGCUGUUAGACGCUGGGAUGUUUGCUCAGGAGCAUGCCUACAUGUUUACGAGAAAGCCGGUCUGGGACUGAUUUCCUGCGGCUGGUUCCCUGAUGGGAAACGGAUAUUUUCUGGUGUGACGGACAAGAGCAUUUGCAUGUGGGAUUUGGAUGGAAAAGAGCUGGAAUGUUGGAAAGGGCAGCGCACACUUAAGACCUCAGACAUGGCCAUUACAGCUGAUGGGAAGCGGAUUAUAAGCAUGAGUAGGGAAACUGCAAUUUUGUUGCUGGAUAGGGAAGAGAAAAUUGACAGGCAGAUAGAAGAGGAGCACACCAUCACUUCAUUUUCUUUAUCAAGAGAUGAUAAAUAUUUGCUGGUGAACCUUAUCAACCAAGAGAUCCAUUUAUGGAGUAUAGCUGGUGAUUUAAAACUUGUCGGCAGGUAUAAAGGUCACAAGCGGACUCGAUUCGUAAUUAGGUCUUGUUUCGGGGGAUUUGAGCAAGCUUUCAUUGCCAGUGGUAGUGAGGAUUCACAGGUUUACAUAUGGCACAGAGGGACAGGCGAUCUCAUACAAGCAUUGCCUGGGCAUUCCGGCGCUGUUAACUGUGUUAGCUGGAAUCCGACAAACCCACACAUGUUGGCAUCAGCCAGUGACGAUCGUACAAUCCGUAUAUGGGGAUUAAAUAGGCCGAAUCUGAAGCGGAAGGACAAUUAUAGCAAUGGUGUGGUCCACCAUUGCAAUGGAGGUACCAAAUGAUGAAAGACACACAGCAGUCAGGUAUAUGUUCUCUCACUCAGUCCUCCUCCGAUGUAAAUUCUUUUCCCUUUUCUUCUUGGCGCAUACAGCAAACAAACGUGUAAAUCAAAUGCUCACUAUCCGCCAAUAAAACUGUCUACUGUGACCAUUUUUUUACAAUUUAUUUCCUUAAUUGAAGUUGUUUAGAGAAUUGGCUGUUCAGAACUUUUACUUGCACAUUCUUAGUAGAUUAUGUGUUUGUGUG